GUUAAGGAUUUUCCAAAAGUAAUGAAAGAUACUAAACCACAGAUCAAAAUGCUUAAAGCAGCACAAGCAGGAUAAAUAGGUUUAAAAGGAAAAAAAAAAAAAGUAGUUGUAUAGUCAAACUGUCGAAAGCCAAAGGUGAACAGAAAAUCUUAAGGGCAGCCAGAGGGCAGUUCCAUAGGUAGAGACGUUGGGGGAAACCCUCCAGGUGGCAGAAACAGCAGGAGCGAAGGCCGGGGCACGGGGGGUGGGGUGUGAGAAAGUGCAGGGAACACCUGAAGGACAGUGAUGAAGCCACUUGAACUGCAGCCUGCUGCAUGGAGGGGCGGGGGCUGGGCGGCAGAGCCAUUGGGAUGUAAGUCCCAAGUUGAAGAGGCCUUAAAUGCCACGGAAGGGAAUUUAUUCUGUAGUCAGGUGGGGAGCCCCUUGGCUCUGAAGCACCACCCAGAGCCUUGAAUUUUGUCAUGCUUUUUGAUGCAUCUAUUGAAAUGAUGGUGUGGUUUUUCUUCCUUUAUUCAGUUACUCUCAUGAGUUGGCAUUCACUGGUUUUCGAAUGUUGAGCCAACAUUGCCUUCCUGGGUUGAAUCCACUCUGUCGUGACUCCCUAGGCUUCUUAUGUAUUAUUGAAUUCAGUUUGCUAAUAUUUUGCUCGACAUAUUUGCUUGUGAAGGGUAUUACUCUGUAGUUUUCCUGUAGUAGCCUUGUCCGAUGAAUGGUAUCAGGGUAAUACUGGCAGUUUUGGUGUCCAUGUAAUAUAGGCCUCAAAAUCACUUGGGAAGUGUUCCUUUCUCUGUAUUCUGAAACAGUUUCUGUAGGUUGGUAUUACUUCUUCCUUAAAUGCUUGACAAUUUGCUGGUAAAGACAUCUGGGCAUGAAGUUUUGCUGGUGUUCUGUUUCUUUUUUUUGUUGUCCUUUUUGUUUGUUUUUGCACUAUUUCAUUUUAAAGGAAAAUUUUAAAUUAUGAAUUCAGUUUUCUUAAUAGAUAAAGGGCUAUUCAGGUUUUCUGUUUUGAGUCAGUUCUGAUAAAUGGUGUUUUUUCAAGAGAUAUGUCCAUUUCAGCUAAACUGUCAGAUUUAUUUGGUAAAAAAGGUCACUGCAUUCCUUUAUUAUCCUUUUAAUGCCUGUAGUCUUAGUGAUGUCCCCUGUUUCAUUCCUCAUUGUGGUAAUUUGUAUCUUCUUCCUGUUUUUCUUGAUCGGUCUAAUUAGAGGUUGUCAACUUUAUUGACAUUUUGAAAUGACCAGCUUUGGUUUUAUCGAUUUUUUUCCUAUUGUUUGCCCAUUUUCUGUUUCUUUGAUUUGUGUUAUUUAUUAUUUUCUUCUUUCUGUUUAUGUUGAGUUUAAUUUGCAUUUUUCUAGCUUCUUAAGGUGGAAAGUUAGAUGACUUACUUUAAACCCUCUUUUCCAAUUUAAGCAUUUAAAACAGUGAAUGUCCCUGUAAACACUGCUUAAGCUGCAUUCUAUGUAUUUUGAUAUUUUGUAUUUUAGUUUUCAUUUAGUUCAAAAUAUUUUCUAAUUUCUCUUGUGAUUUCUUCUUUGAAUUAUAGUUUAUUUGGAAGUAUAUCAUUUAAUUUCCAAAUAUUUGGAGAUUUUCCGUGUAUCUCUUUGUUACUGAUUUUAAUUAUUAUGGGGUUGGAGAAUGUACUCUAUGAUUUCAGGCUUUUAAAGUUUGAGGCUCAUUUUAUGGCCCAGAAUAUAGUCUAUCUUGGUGAAUAGCUCAAGUGCGCUUGAAAAGAACGUGUGACCUUGAGCAGGUCUCGUCACUUACUCUGAACUUGAGGUGCCUUGUCCGUACGCUGCCCUUCUCACCUGUGGGUAAGAAGCAGGCAGUGGGGAGCUUUGAGAUGUGGGGAGCUCUUGGUCCUGUAGGCGACAUGCCCUGUCUUUUGACCUUGCAGAUGGAGUGUGAGGCGGAGCGCCGCCCCUUGGGUGUGUUUGAGUGCCAGCUCUGUGCCUUAACUGCUCCGUAUAGCUACGUGGGGCAGCAGCCCCCCGGCACCAAGUCUGUCGUAGGUUUGGGCCAUUCAGCCCACUGGCACCACUUCCUGCCCUGCAGCCUCCUGGAGGAGAGCUACGUCAUGAGGGACCCCUUCACACCCGACAAGGACAGAUUCCUGAUCCUCGGCUCGAGAUGCAGCUCAUGCGGCAGGCUGGUGUGCGUGGGCCCGGAAUGCAGUUUAUUCUACUCCAAGAGAUUUUGCCUCCCCUGUGUCCGGGAGAACAUUGAUGCUUUCCCUCAGGAAAUUCAGCAAGACUUGGAGAAAAGGAAAGUGCCAUCCAAGAGGCCUGCCAGCCAGCCUGGUUCUCGAACAUGAGUCCAGUCGGGUACCAGGUCCGCAGCAGUGCGCUGCAUGGGGCUCCUGGCCAGCGGGCUUCUGUGGCCUGGCUCAGAGAUGGGGCCAAGCUGAGAGCUGCUGUCACUGACCUUGUUUCUGGGCCAUCGGGAGCCGUGUCUGCAGCCAGAGGGAGCUGGGGUCCGCCUGCAGCAGCAACAGGGCCAGGAGCCACGCAGAGAGGGCGCCCAAAAGGCAGACCCCAGACCCCGGUGCUCCGAAGACCGCAGCACCCCCGCCCUCACGGCGCCCACCUUAGCAAUUGGUGAGACACUGAUUGUGGGCUCUCCACGUGCCUGCCAGUUCUUAGAGGGCAGGAACUGCUCUGUCCGAUUCUGUAGUUUCCGCAGGACCAGCGCACACUGCCUGGAGGGUGUUAGAAACGUGUUUGAUGAGAGUAUGAAUAAAGGUUUUACUGACCGA